UCCGUUUAGCUGACAUCCCGGCAUUUCGCUUCGAUUAUUAUCUGUCCCAGAUAGACUUAAUUUCGGGCGUCCAAGCGAACGCCUUCGAAAAGCGAUACACGUGUCAACAAAACUCGCAGUUCGUCCUCCAUAAAUAUCAUUUUUAAGCGUAGUGCGCGUGCUUUUUAUAAGUUUUGCUUAUAAGGUUAUACAUUUGUGGCCUAUCGAAAAGAAAUUACUGUGUGGUACGAAUUUCUGAGCAGACGAUUGUACGAAACAUUUUGUACUUGGAAAACGUUUAUGAGACGGCAGCAAUAAUCAAUUAUGAACUCUACUGUGAUACGCUGCAUACUUUUUGUGGUUUAAAGUGAAGAUACUGGAUGAAAAUAAUUUUUGGUUUCAACGAAGUGGGGAUGAACCGUAAACUUCUUCUUCUCUCGAACUCGACAACAUAUGGGACAUCAUACCUCAGUUAUGCUAAGGAUAUGAUAAAGGCAUUCUUAGGGAAGCAUGAAGUAUCAGAGAUACUUUUUGUUCCAUAUGCCCGAUGUGACUAUGAGGAUUAUACAACAACGGUUCGGGAAGCGGUUGAGCCGAUGGGAUUCUCGGUUAAAGGUAUUCAUACGUUCCCUUCACCGGUCGAAGCUGUAAAUAAGGCCCAGUGCAUCUUUAUCGGCGGAGGAAAUACUUUCCUUCUUCUAAAAACCUUGUAUGAGAAUCAGUUAGUUGAACCUAUCCGCAAACGAGUAUUAGAAGGAAAUCUUGUUUAUAUAGGAUCAAGCGCCGGUACAAAUGUAUCUACGCCGUCUAUUAACACCACAAACGACAUGCCAAUCGUCUACCCACCAACCUUUGAAGCCUUGAAUCUGGUAUGUACUUCGAUGGAUACUAUAUCCCAUAAUUUAUUGCGAGUAAAAUUAUAUGUUAUAUAUAUAUAUAUAUAUAUGAUUCCUUCAUUUGUCAUGUGUAGAGUUUGUCGGCCUCCUAUUGCCGUUGGUCCGCUGUCACGAUUAGCCUGCUCCAGGGGCGUAAUUUGA